AUGAAGUUCACAGUCACCUCCACGGUUCUUGGGCUUGCCAUGACGACUUUGGCAAGACCUGAAUUGAGCAACACGAUGAUGAUGAACAACCCCCAUUUCAAACGAGCCUCGCCAAACGAGUGGGCACCCGCUGGCCCUGACGAUUUUCGAGGGCCGUGUCCAAUGAUGAACACCUUAGCAAACCAUGGUUUCCUCCCUCAUGAUGGCAGAAACCUGACGCAGGAUACGGUUGUUACUGCUUUGAAUGACGCUCUCAACUUCAAUCAGUCAUUGGGUGUUCUCAUGUUUCAAAUGGCUAUUGUUGCCAACCCAGAGCCAAACGCUACCUUCUUUACCUUGGACCAUUUAAAUCGCCACAAUGUCUUAGAACACGAUGCGAGUCUCAGUCGUACGGAUGCUUUCUUCGGCAAUAACCACAUCUUCAACCAGACAGUCUUUGACGAGUCGAGAAUGUACUGGACAGCCGAUGUCCUUGAUGCCAACAUGUUAGCAAACAGCAAAGUCGCACGCCAAGUCACUUCCAAGGCUUUCAACCCCAAUUACACCUUCACUGCAACUGUGGAGAACUUCAGUCUUGGCGAAGUUGCUGCGCCUAUCAUCGUCUUUGGUGACAUGAAUGCUGGUACUGUUCAGAAGAACAUGGUUGAAUACUUUUUCCAGAACGAACGGCUUCCAUCGGAGCUUGGCUGGAUCAAGAAGUCAGAGCCUGUUACUCAAGAUGAUAUUCUGAAGGUGGUUGAGAUGAUUAGGAAGUCAUCCAAUCUCAUCACUGGCUCCGAAGAAGCUAGUCACAAGGCCUUGGUCCGCGACUUGCAUACAGGCUUUAGCCUUUUGGCACAACACCAAGAGUGA